GUUCUUGUUUUGCUUCUGGUCCCGUCUGUUGCUCCGGGUUCUGGAUAACCGACCUCCUGCCUCCCGGCAGAGGACCUGAACGCCCGCCCCCCGCGGAGCUUGGAGCUCCGAGCUCACCUGAACGUCACGCGGGGCACGUUUCUUCCACAUUGGAUCCGUCUUCCGCCGACAUCGAGCGAAGAGGUGCAGCCGAUCCCAGGCCUCCGAUCCAGGGCGGGGGGAGGGCGGGAGGACGCCGGGCACUGGGAUGGAGACCGGAGAGGGGUCCGGUGUGUCCAGUGGGCCCGGCGGGCCGGAUGGACCCGGGCCGCGGGCCGGCUGCGCCUCCUUCAACCAAGACUCCACGUCUCUGGCUGUGGGGAUGCAGACGGGCUACAAGCUGUUCUCUCUGACCGCCGUGGAGACGCUGGACUGUGUCCAUGAGAGCGAGAGUCCAGAGGUGUACAUCGUGGAGCGUCUGUUCUCCAGCAGCCUGGUGGUGGUGGUGAGCGUCUCCACGCCGCGCCGCAUGGACAUCUACCACUUCAAGAAGGGCACGGAGAUCUGCAGCCACAGCUACCCCGAGCACGUCCUGUCCGUCAAGCUCAACCGACAGAGGCUGGUGGUCUGCCUGGAUGAAUCCAUCUACAUCCACAACAUCAAAGACAUGAAGCUGCUCAAGACUCUGCUCAGCACGCCGUCCAACCCCUCAGGUCUCUGUGCUCUCUCCAUCAACCACUCCAACUCCUACCUGGCGUACCCCGGCAGCGCCACCGUCGGGGAGAUCGUGGUGUACGAUGCCAACAACCUGAACACCGUGACCAUGAUCCCGGCUCACGACAGUCCUCUGGCGGCGCUCGCCUUCAACGCCUCGGCCACCAGACUCGCCAGCGCCUCUGAGAGGGGCACCGUGAUCCGAGUGUUCUCCGUACCCGAGGGCCUGCGUCUGUUUGAGUUCCGCCGGGGCAUGAAGAGGUAUGUCAGUAUCAGCUCUCUGUCCUUCAGCCCAGACGGACUCUUCCUCUGUGCGUCCAGCAACACAGAGACAGUACACAUCUUUAAACUGGAGCAGCUGGGGCCAAGGUGCUCUGUGUGCAGCGGGGGGGACGAGGCCUCCAGCUGGACGGCCUACGUGGGGAAGAUGUUGUUGGCGGCCAGCAGCUACCUGCCCGCCCAGGUGUCCGGCAUGAUGAGCCAGGACCGCGCCUUCGCCACCGUCCACCUGGGGGCGUCGGCCCAGAGGAACAUCUGCAGCCUGGCCAUCAUCCAGAAGCUUCCACGGCUGCUGGUGGCCACGGCCGACGGCCAGCUGCUCAUCUACAACGUGGACCCCCUGGAGGGGGGCGAGUGCACGGCGGCACACACACACAGGCUUUUCGGUGCCGGUGGUGAUCAGGGUGAAGGAUCGGAGGCAGAGGGGUCAGAGGUCACAGGGCCAGAACAGGCCUGUCCAUCCUACGCUGCGACCGCUGCCUUACCGGCCUCGGGCCCCGUCACGGCAACCCUCACCGGCUACUCUGAAGACGGCGGAGCAAAGAGGGGCGAGGUCAUCCCGGAGCACGAGCUGGCCGCCGGUCCCGUGUGUCUGGAUGACGAGAACGAGUUUCCUCCUAUUAAUUGGUGCCGAGACGGGACCGGAGGAGGCCCGGCCCGGCGCUGCUGAGGGUGGAGGACAGACGGGCAGACGAACGGGUAGGCAGACAGAACCUCAGAACCUACUCCAGCUUCUCGUCUCACAUCCUGACUGUUGAGGACGUAUCUCAGUCGUCCGGUUCAGGAACACGACCUCGACCUCCACCCCGACCUCGACCUCCACCUCAACCUCCACCUCGACCUCGGGCUCAACGGCAUUAAACUUGACACACAUUUGA